AUGACGCUGCCGCCGCUCACCCUGCCCUCACCGUGGUCCACCUCGGGUUCGUCGCCGCAGAUGGGACACGUCCACCACGCCUACGCCUCCUACCCGCCCUCCUUCACCCCGGCGCCCCCGCCCCUGCCGCCCCCGCCCUCCAGCGACUCGUCUUCGUCAUCUUCCAAGUCCUCCUCAAGCGCGCCACGAAUGUAG